AUGUCUGAUGAAGAAGAAGUAUAGUAAGUUCAAAAACAAAUUAUAUGGGACUGAAAUUAAUUUUCUCUUGAUUUUCAGCUCUGAUGAAGAGGUAGAGGAGGAAGAAGUCGAGGAGGUUGAAGAGCCUGAACAGUAAGUUUCAUCCUACAUUAUGGAACUAAUUAAAAAAAAAUCAAUAAUAUUUUCUAGAGAAGAGACCACUGAAGAGGUCACCGCUCCACCAGAGGUUAAAGAACGUCGUGCUCCAGUUCAAGAAGAAAAACCACCAGCAGAGAUGACUGAAGCUGAAAUUGCUAUGCUUGCUGCCAAGAAGCGUCACGAGGAAGAAGAAGCUGCUAAACUUCUUGACUACGAGCAAAGACGUGUUCUUGAGAAGGAGAAGAUUGAGCAAGAACUUCGUGAGCUCAAGGAGAAGCAAGAGAAGAGACGCGCUGAACGUGAAGAAGAUGAACGUCAAUUUGCUGAGCGUAGACGUCAAGAUGAAGAGAGAAGACGCAAGGAUGAGGUAAAUUUUUUUGUUUUCAUAAAUUAAAUUCUUCAUUAAUUUUUUUUUCUAUUCAGGAAGACCGUAAGAACAAGGCUGACGCUGAAAAGAAUCGUAAAAACGAGGAAAAGACCCGCCGCCAACAAAUGAUGGCUGGAGCUUUCAAUGGAACCCUUUCUGGAGCUCCAGGAGGUGGCCGUAACUUCACCGUUUCAUCCAGAGGCGAGCAAGCCGCUCAAUUCGGAAACUUGGCUCAAGGAGCGAAGGGAGGAAACGUGUUGAGCAAAGAACAACUCGAUGAAGCUAAGAAGAACUUUUUGGCGGCUGUUUGCCGUAAUGUUGAUGUUUCAAAUCUCAUGCCAAAUGACUUGAAAGAGAAGAUCAAGCAAUUGCACGCUAGAAUUGUGAAGUUGGAAGCGGAGAAAUAUGAUUUGGAGAAACGUCGUGAACGUCAAGAUUAUGACGUAAGUUUUUUUCUUUUUUUUUGUUUUUCUGUUCAAUCGAAAUAUUUUCCAGAUGAAAGAGUUGCACGAGAGACAACGUCAAGCUGCUCGUAACAAGGCUCUUAAAAAGGGACUUGACCCAGAAGAAGCUGCCUCAUCAGUUCAUCCACCAAAGAUCACCACCGCCUCCAAAUUCGAUCGUCAAACCGAUCGCAGAUCCUAUGGAGAUCGUCGUUAUUUGUUCGAAACUCCAGCCGAAAACAAACAACCAUCAUUGGUUCGCGGAUCAGGAAGACCACCAGUUGAAUGGGGACGCAAACACAAUGAAGAACUCGAGCAGAUCCGCAAAAAUUUGGAACCACCAAAGUAUGUCGAACAAGUCAAAGUCGAAGGAGCUCGUGCACCAGUCGAAGUCAUUCCGUUAGUAGUUCCGACUGCUGAUUUUGAAGAGAUCACUGGAAAUCCAAAUGAGGGAGCUGAAAUUGUUGUAGAAUAA